GCCCCCAUGUAGUAAUGACAAAGGAUUGCCACGGCAAGAGUGGAUCGAGUUGCGCCCAGCCAGCCCCGUAAAUGGAUUACUAAAUGGGACACUCCAGCCGCUAGCCCUCCAGCUUCCCUGUUGCCGGCACCGACGAGGGUGAAGUGAAGAAAUAAAGUCUCCCAGCUGAACUACUAUGAGGUCAGAAGCCUUGCUGCUAUAUUUCAUACUGCUACACUUUGCUGAGGCUGUUUUCCCAGAAGAUUCUGAGCCAAUCAGUAUUUCGCAUGGCAACCAUACAAAACAAUAUCCAGUGUUUCUGGGUCACAAGCCAGGACACGACACUGCACAAAGGCACAGACUGGACAUCCAGCUGGUCAUGAUCAUGGACAGAACACUCUACAUUGCUGCUAGGGACCAUAUUUAUACUGUUGAUAUGGACACAUCACAUACAGAAGAAAUUCAUUUUAGCAAAAAAUUGACGUGGAAAUCCAGACAGUCUGAUGUAGAUACCUGCAGAAUGAAGGGAAAACAUAAGGAUGAAUGUCAUAACUUUAUUAAGGUUCUCCUUAAAAAAAAUGAUGAUACGUUAUUUGUUUGUGGGACAAAUGCCUUCAGCCCCUCCUGCAGAACUUAUAAGAGGGAUACUCUGGAGUUUUUGGGAGAGGAGUUCAGUGGCAUGGCCAGGUGCCCUUAUGAUGCAAAGCAUGCCAAUGUUGCAUUGUUUGCAGAGGGAAAGCUAUAUUCUGCCACUGUGACAGACUUCCUUGCAAUAGAUGCAGUCAUUUACCGGAGCCUUGGAGACAGCCCUACUCUGCGGACAGUCAAGCAUGAUUCAAAAUGGUUGAAAGAGCCUUACUUUGUUCAGGCAUUGGAUUAUGGCAACUAUAUCUAUUUCUUCUUUCGAGAAAUCUCAGUGGAGUACCACAGCAUGGGAAAGGUCGUUCUCCCAAGAGUUGCUCGGGUCUGCAAAAAUGACAUGGGUGGAUCUCAACGAGUCCUGGAAAAACAAUGGACUUCCUUCCUUAAAGCACGAUUAAACUGUUCAGUUCCAGGCGAUUCACACUUCUACUUCAACAUUUUGCAAGCAGUUACGCAUGUUAUCCAUAUCAAGGGCCGAGAUAUUGUCUUGGCCACUUUCUCCACUCCUUAUAACAGCAUCCCUGGGUCUGCUGUCUGUGCUUACAAUAUGCUUGACAUUGCCAAUGUAUUUACUGGGAGAUUCAAAGAACAGAAGUCUCCAGAUUCAAUAUGGACACCAGUUCCUGAUGAACGAGUGCCCAAGCCCAGACCAGGUUCUUGUGCUGGCUCUGACUUGCUUGAAAAAUACACAUCUUCCAAUGAAUUUCCAGAUGACACUUUAAACUUUAUAAAAACACAUCCUCUCAUGGACGAAGCAGUACCAUCAAUUGGCAACAAGCCAUGGUUUUUACGGACAAUGGUCAGAUAUCGCCUGACCAAAAUUGCUAUAGAUGCUGCUGCUGGACCAUAUCAGGAUCACACUGUGGUAUUCCUUGGGUCAGAGAAGGGAAUUGUUUUGAAGUUCUUGGCCAGGAUAGGAAAGAAUGGUUUCCUAAGUGACAGCCUUUUUCUGGAGGAGAUGAGCAUUUACAAUCCUGAAAAAUGCAGCUAUGAUGGAAUGGAAGACAAGCGAAUUAUUGGCAUGCAAUUAGACAAGCAGAGCAGCGCCCUCUAUGUAGCAUUCUCAGCCUGCUUAAUAAGGGUUCCCCUUGGAAGGUGUGAACGUCACGGCAAAUGCAAGAAGGCCUGCAUAGCUUCUAGAGACCCAUACUGUGGAUGGAUAAAGGAAAAUGAAGCAUGCAUGCAGCUCUUACCUGGAGAUAGCCUGGAGUUUGAGCAGGACAUAGAGCAUGGCAACACUGAUGGACUGGGUGACUGCCAAAAUUCGUUCGUAGCCCUGAAUGACAUUUCAACUAUUUCAUCAGAUCAUGAAAUGUCUUACACUCCAGUGUAUGGGCACUCCAGUUUCCUAGUUCCCAGCACCACCACUUCAGACUCUGCAGCCCAACAGGGCUUCGAUGCUAGGGGGCACAUGCUAGAUUGGAAGGAUCCAGUUGGCUCAUCUGAAAAUACAAAUCCAUAUGUGGCUGUUUCAUCCCAUAAUCACCAAGACAAGAAGGGAGUGAUUCGUGAGAGUUAUCUCAAAGGUCAUGAUCAACUGGUGCCUGUCACCCUCCUGGCCAUUGCAGUCAUUCUUGCCUUUGUCGUGGGAGCCGUCUUCUCGGGAAUCAUAGUAUACUGCAUCUGUGACCAUCGACGCAGAGAUGUGACCAUCGUGCAGAGAAAGGAGAAGGAACUGGCCCAUUCCCGACGAGAUUCCAUGAGCAGUGUCACCAAGCUCAGCAGUCUCUUUGGGGACAAUCAGUCCAAAGAGCCAAAGCCUGAAGCUGUUCUCACACCCCUGAUGCACAAUGGCAAACUUGCUACUCCAGGCAGCACUACCAAGAUGCUCAUUAAAGCUGAUCAGCAUCACCUGGACUUGGCUGCUCUACCAACCCCAGAGUCCACCCCAACCCUUCAGCAGAAGAGGAAGCCCAGCCGAGGCAGCAGAGAUUGGGAAAGAAAUCAGAAUCUAAUCAAUGCCUGUACAAAAGAUAUCGCCCCUAUGGCAUCACCUGUUAUCCCCACCGACCUUCCACUAAGGGCUUCACCCAGCCACAUCCCAAGUGUUGUUGUUCUGCCCAUUUCUCAGCAAGGCUAUCAGCACGAAUAUGUUGAUCAGCCCAAAAUAAGUGAUGUAGCACAGAUGGCUAUGGAGGACCAAAAUGCCACACUUGAGUACAAAACCAUAAAGGACCAUCUCAGCGGAAAGAGCCCCAACCAUGGGGUGAAUCUGGUAGAAAACCUGGAUAGCAUGCCACCAAAAGUACCCCAGAGGGAAGCCUCCCUGGGUCCUCCUGGCUCAUCUCUACCUCAGAGUGGUCUGGGCAAGCGACUGGAAAUGCAUUCUUCUGCUUAUAAUGUGGACUAUAAGAGAAACUACCCUACGAACUCACUUACAAGAAAUCAUCAGACAUCAACUCUCAAAAGAAAUAAUACUAAUUCUUCUAAUUCCUCCCAUCUUUCCAGAAAUCAGAGCUUUGGCAGGGGAGACAAUCCCCCUCCUGCCCCACAAAGAGUGGACUCAAUACAAGUUCAUGCUACUCAGGGUCAGACUGUGACUGUAUCUAGGCAGCCCAGUCUCACCACAUACAACUCACUGACAAGAUCAGGGUUGAAACGCACACCAUCGUUAAAGCCAGAUGUACCCCCCAAACCCUCCUUUUCCCCUCUUUCCACAUCCAUGAAGCCUAACGAUGCAUGUACAUAAUCACCGUGGGGUGGGGAGGAGCAACAGAUGACCAGAAUAUGCCCUUAAAGAGCCAGUGUUCAGCAACCAUGUUGCUAGUUUCAGCUGACACAGAUGCUGUUGCUAAGCUGAGGAUGUAUUGCUCUCUGGGGAAAGUGGAAUAUUUUUUAGCAACUGGGCCAUGCAAUCCACAGUUUACAACUGUAGGACCCACCCCACAAUACAACUGUUCUUUUACUCAAAAGACUAACCACAAACAUUGAGCCAAAAGCACACCCAUAAACGAUGACUGUGAUUCUUCACUCUCAACUGCACAAAGCAUCUGGAACUGAGAGAGCAAAAAAAAAAACAAACGUUGGGGGGAGUAAGCAACAUCAACAAAAAAUUAAUUGAUUAAGCUAACUCUAACAGAACUAUGGCAGAUGUUUACUAUGUGCAGGUACUGUGAAAUGCCCAUCAGUGUUACAGCCAUUUGGUUAUAGCAGAUUGCCAUGUUGGGCAAUAGCUAUGUCAUAGGUUUCUGCUACUCUUCUCUUUUCAUGAGUAACACAAGUAACUCCUCUUAUUUAUUGUUCACCCUUUUGUCUUUUUUUUUAUUCCUAAGGAAAUUACUUCUGCAUAUCAUCGUAUGAGCAGCUCUCCAGAAGGAAAAAAAAAUUACAUUGAAAAUUAUGCCUAUUUAACAUGAAACCCAUUAACUGGAGUAAUUAAAACUCUUUUUAUUUUUUCCAAUAAAUUCACUGAGUUAAAUAAGUUGGAGCUGGAAUUCUGAACUUUGUGUUUGGACUGUUUUAUAUCUUUUCUGGAAAACAAAAAAGGGGAAUAUUUAUUUAAAUGUAGGUUUAUUUUGCUGGCUGGCUUUCCUGCCUCUGUGUCAGGCAGCAA